CAAAAACCCCCCAUUCCAGUAUGUGCUGUGCACCGCCACCUCGCCUGCUGUCAAGUUGCACGACGAGACGCUCACUUACCUCAACCAAGUACUUGAACUACUUCGCCUACCAAAACCGCACAAACAGACUUCUAUACCGGAUGUGGUUUGUUCAUAGAGGAUCCAUUUCUUUCUCCUCCAGGGUGACUCACGCCCAUCUUUUAACAUCAAUAAAUACUUACCACAUGAAAUUGUAACACAGUAGUACAAUUACCAUAAAACAGAACCUUUGCUGACCGAAUGGCAGCCUCUCCUUUUCUUCUACACAACACCACUAGUUUGCUGUUGACUGUGUUACAUAAGCAGCAACACACACUGACUUGUUUUACUGAAGCUGUCAAUUAUGGAGCCCGGUUUGAAUUUCUCCUGAGCUGCUAGUGCAGCGACCACUCUGCCGGUAGCACAUUGCACCUAGUACAUUCGUUGCCGAUUGUUCAAAAUGCUGGGCAGGCUGUUUUAAAGAUACUGUGGUCAUCCGUAAUGUAAAGCUGCAUAAUGUCUAGCAUAUCAUGUUGUUCAUUAUCGGCUAAGACACCAGAUAUAAUGGUGCACUGGUGAAACAUUUGGCACAAGUGAACAUGACUUCCUACAUGAUUCAGUACACUGCAAAUAAAGACCUUUGUCUCGGCUUCUACUAAUCAUCUGAGCAGAAGUCAGGAGAGGUGACGGAUGUUUUGCUCUUAAGUCAUCAUAAAGAGCAAUAAAAUAGACGUUGAGCCUGAUGAAUAAAAACUGUUUAGUCUCUUUUGUCUUAAAUUUAUUUAUCUUCUGGAUCCUGAAACAGACUCUACACAUGAGAAACGGCAUGGAAACUAUUUCUUCCCCCAACAACCCAUUAUACUGAACUGCAAUGAGAACAAGGUCAUAGUCUCUUCACUGAAUAACAAAUUCCAGCUAGAAGAGUUUACAAUAAGAAUAUCCAGACAGUGAGACUCUAGUCUUCCAUGACUGGACAUCAUUUUGGCCUGGAAAGGCCAAAAUGGCGUCUAUGUUCUUCCAAAAGCCAGUUUAACAGUGCCUCACAGCACAGGGAUUAUAUACAAAACAGUACUUUUGUUUCUUGUUUGCUUGUGAUUAUGUGUUCUCCCUCUCUGUCAGGCCAGUCCUAUGAGGUGCGUAUGUUGGACAACAGGACCGCAGGGGAGUUCCCAGAACUCAAUAACAAGAUGGUGAAGAGCAUAGUGCGAGUGGUGUUUCAUGACCGCCGGCUGCAGUACACAGAGCACCAGCAGCUGGAGGGCUGGAAGUGGAAUCGUCCUGGUGACCGUCUCCUUGACAUUGAUAUCCCCAUGUCAGUGGGCAUUGUGGAGCCAAAGACUCACCCCUCCCAGCUCAAUGCUGCAGAGUUCCUGUGGGACAUGAACAAAAGAACUUCUGUUUUUGUGCAGGUGCACUGCAUCAGCACAGAGUUCACUCCCAGGAAACACGGUGGGGAGAAGGGCGUCCCCUUCAGAAUCCAGAUUGACACGUUCGCCCAGGGAGACAGUGGAGAGUACACAGAGCACCUCCAUUCGGCCUCCUGCCAAAUCAAAGUCUUUAAGCCAAAGGGGGCGGACCGUAAACAAAAGACGGACAGGGAGAAGAUGGAGAAACGCACUGCUCAAGAGAAGGAAAAGUACCAGCCUUCUUAUGAUACCACUAUCCUGUCAGAGACGAGGCUUGAACCCAUCAUAGAGGACGCGGGUGACCACGAGCUGAAAAAGUCCAGCAAGCGGACACUUCCCGCUGAUUGUGGUGACUCCUUGGCCAAGAGAGGCAGUUGCUCCCCAUGGCCAGACAAUGCCUACCUCAGCACCAGCCAGGCAGCUAGUCCCUCCUUUGCCUCCACACCACUGUCCACCUACUCAGCCUCCUCAGUACCAGACAGCGACUCGUCCUCUCCCAAUCACCAGGCAGAGCCUGGCAGCCAUGGAAAUUCAGAGCAGUUGAGCCCCACGGCGUCCAUACAGGACACACAGAAGUGGCUGCUGAAAAAUCGCUUCAGCUCCUAUACACGGCUCUUCUCUAACUUCUCAGGUUCUGAUUUGUUGAAGCUAACCCGGGAUGACCUGGUCCAGAUCUGUGGGCCAGCAGAUGGAAUCAGACUCUUCAAUGCACUUAAAUCCAGGUCUGUGCGUCCCAGGUUGACUGUGUACGUCUGUCAGGAGUCCCCUCAGGAGAGCCCCCUGCUGGAGAGACCUGGCAGCAAUGAAAAUGGAGAACACAGCGUCUCCUCUAGUUUACAUGUGUACCAUGCUCUAUACCUAGAGGAGUUGACGGCUGCAGAACUAAUCUGCAAGAUGGCGUCCGUGUGCGGCCUUCCACUGGGAAAGAUCAACCAGGUGUACAGACAGGGUCCUACAGGCAUACACAUUCUGCUUAGUGACCAGAUGGUUUACAAUUUUGCUGAUGAGAGCUGUUUUUUGAUCAGCACUGUCAAAGAUGAACUGGGUGAAGGACUCCAUCUAAUCCUGAAGUAGUGAUGAGGACAGAUGGCAUCACUAAUACUCCACCCUCUGUUUUGGAGCAGAUGCCUCCCUCUGUCCCUCUUUCCCCUCCGCUACUCUUUCCUUUUACUGCCUCCCCCUCUCUCGCUAAAGGAUCACUCAAUGGAAAGCAGAGAGACUGUGUUGAAGCCAUGUAAAUGUUAGAAUCUGACAUGGGUGUGUCCACUGUUUCAUAUUGAAAACGCUAUUAAUGAUGGAGUUUAGUUUAAAGAGGAGAGACUGGGGAGAUACGGCGCUAGGGGAAAGAUGAUCGUCUGUGUGUUUUGAUUUUAAUUUUAUUUUUAUUUUUGUCUUUUUAUAUGGCUUUUGUGUAGAGAAGGAAGGGGAGAGGCUCCAGGAGAGAGGGGACAGUGCUGAUCUGGCCAGCAGGAGGAGGAAAAAGCAGUUUCCUUUUGCUCGUUGCCCUCCUAACACAAAACACACAGCCAGCUCUAGGCCAGUAUUUGAUAACAUACUGCUGAACAGCAUGUGAUCUCAACAUACCAACAUGCUUAAAGGAGAACUUAUUCUGCUUGUUUAACAUCCUCUCCAGGUUGUCUGAAUAAACCAUUUAUUAAUCAGCUGAGCCUAGUACCCCCUGAAAUCUCCAGGCUAGAGGCUACAUCUGUGGAUGUUGACUCUAACAUCAUUUUUUUUUUUUUUCUUGGAUUUUGUCUGUCUUGAUUUUAUUAACUUUUGUCACACAGUGUCGUCCUGUUUGAUUUUUGACUUCCAUGUCUGUUGACAUGUCACGCUCAGCUUUCUUCAUGUAUGUUGUGUUUGGCUUUUACUGUUUUUAGUUGAUUCUUUAUUUAUGGAUCUGAUGUUUCUGUUACUGUCAUGGAAUUUACUUCUUUCGGGUGCCAUAUUGGCUUUUUGUCCUCGACUCCUCUGCUUUCUGUGCUGACUUUGAUGCUGGUUUAGAAAAGUAGGGUUUGUCUCCUGGCCUCCUGGGUCAUGCUGUCCAUGUGCAGAAAACAAGGAACAGACCCCUGUAGAAGACUGACACACAGUGCAGUAAUGCCUAUUCAAAAACCUACUGUAAUGUGGACCAAACGGGUUUAAGAUAGGCUUUCAGUUCUUUUGUUUGUUUGUUUGUUUGUUUUUUUAAGCCUGCUAGGCUCUGUACUUUUUGGUCAUUAUCAGCAUUAACGGAACUGGUCAGGCGAAUGAAAAUCUUAUCUAGUGGAGCUGCUUGUGUGCUGCAUGUACAAUGUAAGAAAUCCUCCAUUCCCAGAUCUGCUCUGCAGGAAACAACCUGUCACACAUCAGGCUGGUAGAACUGCAUCGGUGCCUGGUUCCAGUUGUCUUCUCCUGUAGACUAGAAAAUCACAACAGCUCCACAUCCAUUGUCAAAAUCGUGUUUUUAAUGUAGCUGCACACAGGAAGGUACAGGUCAUGUAUUUUGAGUGCCCUUAACUUUGAAAAGUGACAGGAAACCUCACACAGGUCCUGGGAGUUGCUUUCGGUUUAGUUGAUCCCCUUCAUUUUGGUACACGAUGUCUGGCAGUCUUGAAGUGCACACCACUUGCACGCCUCUAAGUGUCAGAAUGUGUGUGUGCAUGUGUACAAUUUUUCAUUCUUGCAAAGAAAAUAAUAUCAGUAGUUAUAAAUUCUUCCUGUUGGUAUGAUGAAACUGUGUUUAGCUGUGUUUAGUAAAGAGCAUGUGGAAGACGGGGAAGGGAAGGAGGAAUUGAAUAGAGACCAAACCUGCACUGAAACAUCACAAAGUUGAAGUUUGAUGUCUAGUCACUAGUCCACACCCUCUUCUUUAUCUGUCUGAGGAGGAGGAGAACAAAAACUGUCAGGACUAAAAAACAGUUUUUGUCUCACCACAUGGCAGAGCCAGGACUGUAGCUCUUGUGGCGUUUACAAGAACACAAGUAACAGCACAGUUAACUGUUCAUCGACUCAUAAAUUAGUGAGCAAUAAAGUGAUAGAUGAAGUUGAAACCAAGUCAGGCAAACUCUAGAGAGCAGCUUUGGUCCCCUGAUGGCCUGUAUGACUGAAUAGCUGUGAGAGAGUGUGAACAGGAGCAGUGACCACUGUUCAUGUGCAGUCUAAUGUCCAUGAUGAUGCUUUUCAUGUGCACAGUAUCGUAUGCUGGACAUGUACACAGCCACAUGUGCUGGGAAUAAAUAAAUUUCAUACCUUUCUGGUGUCUUGCUGUAUUAUUAAAAAAAAAUAGUGAGACUACAACUGUUUGAGAGAAGAUGUCCAAGAGCAUCAUAUUUAAAGCAGUUCAAAAAGGACUGCAGGGUAUGUCACGUGAUAUUUUUCCAAGCUGUGUGUUUUCUGUAAUUUGUCAUCUCAGGGCCAAGACAAGACUCCUUUUUUUGUUUGUCUUAAUAACCAAUAGAAACAUUUAACUAUGCAUAGAAAUCAUAUUUGUACUUGCCUAUUGCACAAAAAACAAUAAAUUAUUACCUUUUGUGGUAUUGUAUUGUAUCAACAUGUGCGUGGUCAGUGGUGGCACCGGUAACCCUAGAAUCUGAACGGCCACCCUUGGUGCCACCCCGAGUCUAAAUGUGAUGC